CUCUUUUGUCCACCCACAGCAGAUAACAUAACAUAACACACUCCCAAACCCUUUCCCUUUCCCUCUCCCUUUCCACCCCUAUCCUCUUCUCUCUUCUCCAAACCCAAAACCCCAAUGGCAAUUUCAUCAACAGCAGCAAUAGCAGCAACCUCAAAGCUCGCAUACGCUAACGCCAAUGUCUACCCCUCUCCUUCACCCUCCCCCAACCCCAAUUGCCUCUUCCUCAAACCCCACGCAACCCACCUCUCCUCUUCCUUCCUAAAACCCUCCACAAUCUUCCACCUCACCCCCACCCCCGCCACCGCCACCCGCCGCCGCUCCCUCACCGUCCACGCCGCCCGCGGCAAGUUCGAGCGCAAGAAGCCCCACGUCAACAUCGGCACCAUCGGCCACGUCGACCACGGCAAGACCACCCUCACCGCCGCCCUCACCAUGGCUCUCGCCUCCCUCGGCAACAGCGCCCCCAAAAAGUACGACGAAAUCGACGCCGCCCCCGAGGAGCGCGCCCGCGGCAUCACCAUCAACACCGCCACCGUCGAGUACGAGACCGAGAACCGCCACUACGCCCACGUCGACUGCCCCGGCCACGCCGACUACGUCAAGAACAUGAUCACCGGCGCCGCCCAGAUGGACGGCGCCAUCCUCGUCGUCUCCGGCGCCGACGGCCCCAUGCCCCAAACCAAAGAACACAUCCUCUUGGCCAAACAAGUCGGCGUCCCCAACAUUGUUGUCUUCCUCAACAAACAGGACCAAGUCGACGACGAGGAGCUUCUGCAGUUAGUAGAAUUGGAGGUUCGCGAGCUUCUUUCCUCUUACGAGUUCCCCGGCGAUGAUGUUCCCAUCAUUUCCGGUUCCGCAUUGUUGGCAUUGGAAGCUUUAAUGGCUAACCCUUCCAUCAAGCGCGGCGAAAACCAAUGGGUUGAUAAAAUUUACGAGCUUAUGGAUUCUGUUGAUAACUACAUUCCCAUCCCUCAGCGCCAAACUGAACUCCCCUUUUUGUUGGCCAUUGAGGACGUGUUCACCAUCACCGGCCGUGGCACCGUCGCCACCGGCCGCGUCGAGAGAGGUACUAUCAAGGUUGGAGACACUGUUGAUAUUGUUGGUGUGAAGGAAACUAGGAACACCACUGUGACUGGGGUGGAAAUGUUUCAGAAGAUUCUUGAUGAUGCUAUGGCUGGGGACAAUGUGGGGUUGUUGCUUAGGGGUAUUCAGAAGACUGAUAUUCAGAGAGGGAUGGUUUUGUCUAAGCCUGGAACCAUUACCCCUCACACCAAGUUUGCUGCCAUUGUGUAUGUUUUGAAGAAGGAAGAGGGUGGCCGGCACUCUCCGUUUUUCGCCGGGUAUAGGCCGCAGUUCUACAUGAGGACUACUGAUGUUACUGGCAAAGUGACUGCCAUUAUGAAUGACAAGGAUGAGGAGUCCAAGAUGGUGAUGCCCGGUGACCGGGUUAAGAUGGUGGUUGAGCUUAUUGUGCCUGUGGCUUGUGAACAAGGUAUGAGGUUUGCUAUUAGAGAAGGAGGCAAAACUGUUGGCGCUGGUGUUAUCCAAUCCAUCAUUGAGUAAAUUGUUGUGAGAUUGGCUUCCCGGCUACAUGACUCUUACAUCGUGAGCAAAGUAUCUAUCAUUGUCAAAGGGCUUGUGCAAUUGAGUUUUGUCAUUUUACACAACUGCUGCUAUAUCCAUUUUGUUAUAUUUUGUAGGUUUCUAGAUGAAUGAUGUUUAGUCAAGUUGGACGAUGAGUUUCUUAUGGCUUGUUUGGCUUCCAUCUCUUUUAUUGUUAUAAUUAAUCUGUUAAGUACUCAAGCAAGAUUCGAAAUUUUGUCUUGCUUGUAAUUGCGAGAUUUGUUUUACAAGGUUGAACAAUAUUUCUCUUUAGUACAA